CGAGAGAAGUCGUGGAGAACCAAUCAGAAUAUCCGCCCACCAUCAUCCUUGGGAACCCAUAUUCGUUUUCGUUUAUUAACCCGCAAAAAAAAUCAAAGCUUUACUUUUAUUCCCUGUGAAGAAGUUUCUUCUCUUUACUGGGUUCCUUGACGGAGAUGGCGACAGCUACGGUGGCGAUUUCAGGCAUAUCCUCACGGCCUUUGGUUUCUCUCCAUCACUCCAGAGCCGCCGCUAUUUCGUACAGUUCUUCUCGCCAGUUUCUUCGUCAUCGUCCUAUCUCUUCUCCUCGCCUACUUUUCAGGAACGUUCGUCGCGUUCAAGCCACGAUUUUACAAGACGAUGAAGAGAAAGUUGUGGUGGAAGAGUCUUUUAAAGCUGAGACUUUUCCUGGUAAAGGACCUCUUCUGGAGGAGUCGGAUACGAGUUCUAGUGCUCUGGAGGCUUCGGUUAUCAAGCUCGAGCAAGGAGUCAAUGUCUUCCUUACUGAUUCGGUGAUUAAGAUACUUGACACAUUGUACCGUGACCGAACCUAUCCAAGGUUCUUUGUUCUCGAAACCAUUGCUAGAGUCCCUUAUUUUGCUUUUAUGUCAGUGCUACACAUGUAUGAGACCUUUGGCUGGUGGAGGAGAGCUGAUUAUUUAAAAGUCCAUUUUGCUGAGAGCUGGAAUGAGAUGCACCACUUGCUCAUCAUGGAAGAACUGGGUGGAAACUCAUGGUGGUUUGAUCGUUUUCUGGGCCAGAUCGUAGCAACCUUCUAUUACUUCAUGACCGUGUUCUUGUAUAUCGUAAGCCCAAGAAUGGCAUAUCACUUUUCAGAAUGUGUGGAGAGCCAUGCGUUUGAGACUUAUGACAAAUUUCUCAAGACCAAUGGAGAGGAGUUGAAGAAAUCUCCUGCACCUGACAUCGCCGUAAAAUACUAUACCGGAAGCGACAUGUACUUGUUUGAUGAGUUCCAAACAUCUAGAGCUCCAAAUACUAGAAGGCCAGUCAUAGAGAAUUUAUACGAUGUGUUUGUGAACAUAAGAGACGAUGAAGCAGAACACUGCAAGACGAUGAGAGCUUGUCAGACUCUAGGAAGUCUCCGUUCUCCACACUCCGUUUUAGAAGACGAAGAGUGUGAUGAAGAAUCAGGAUGUGUUAUUCCUGAGGAGGCUCAUUGCGAAGGUAUUGUAGACUGCGUCAAGAAAUCCAUUACUAAUUAAAUAAAUCAGGAAGACACAAGACCGAAGACUGCUUUGUAUCAAUUUAAGGUUAAAAGAAUAGAUAAAAAGCCAAUAUAUAUACUUAGAAAAUAAAAGGAAAAGUGUGAGAUUCCCCAUUGUUAUGUAUGUGGGAGAGAAUUCGUUAUAUGAUGUAAAAUUACUUUAUUCAACUAGUAAAAUGUUUUAAAAUCAUUUUUAGUCGUUA